AUGACGUCGACGCCACCGCCGCUGCCGACGCCAGUCCUCUCAAUGACCCUAGCCCCUCCUCAACCAGAUAUGUCUGCCUAUAACUCACUGACAUUAUUCGGGAGAUGGUACGCCCAUAUCCACGGCUACCUGAGCACGUGCGUCUGCGUGUUCGGCAUUGUGACCAAUAUAUUCAAUAUCACGGUGUUGUCGCGCAAGAACAUGAGCACCCCGGUGAACAACAUUCUAACCUGGUUAGCCGUGUCCGACAUGAUCACCAUGCUGUCGUAUGUCCCGUUUGCGAUGCACUUCUACGUCCUCAAUAACCCGACUUACAUCACGCCGGAAAAGAACGACUGGCCGUGGACUGUGUUCAUGUUUUUCCACUUCAAUCUGGUCAACACGACGCACACCAUCUCGAUUUGGCUGUGCGUGCUUUUGUCUAUCCUCCGGUACGCUCACCUUCGCUCACCGGCGCGAGGGGAACUUAUCCGCGUUCGACGGCUGAAAUUUUCCCGCGCUUUCAUCGCUUGCGUUUACAUCGGCUCGGCCAUUAUGAUGACGCCCAACUUCAUCACCAAGGAGAUAAUCGAGAAGAAUACGAGCACGUCCAGCGUGUACAUCAUCAGGGACACAAACAUCGGCAACUCCGAUUUCUGGACGACAGUUUUGGUCCAGUAUUGGCUCUAUGCCAUUACCGGGAAGCUAUUGCCAUGCGUGCUGAUGUUCAUCUUUGGCAGUCUCCUCAUCUACAAGAUCCGUGAGAAGACCCGCAAGCGAAAACAUAUGAUGCAGAUCUCAUGUACGAACCGUACCCGCCUCUCGGAACACUCACGAACAACGAAGAUGCUUCUUACUGUCAUCGUGCUUUUUCUGGCCACGGAACUGCCGCAAGGCAUUCUCAUCGUCCUUAGCAUCACCACCCCGAAUAUAUUCGACCACAUCUACGUACCGCUUGGUGAUCUUAUGGAUAUUUUAGCCCUUGUUAAUAACGCUAUCAAUUUUGUACUCUACUGCAGUAUGAGUCAAAAGUUUCGGCACACGUUUAUCGAGGUUUACUGUUCUUGUCUGUGCCUCCGACCCGAGAAAGAGGCUGGUAUUCCGUUGCGCCAAAAGCUAGAUUCCUACAGCAAUAAUAAUCAAGUUUAA